GUCUUGUACUUCUUGUAGUUAUUGUGAUCGAUUGAACAUUAUUGUCCUGUAGAGUGGCAUUCGAGAGUUCGACAUGGGCGCCACCAGCAUCCACCUUCCCCGUCGGUUGGCCUUGAUCAUCUACGUUGUAUCGCUUCUAUCAACGCAAUUUCUCACGGGUCAUGGUGAACUCCAGUUGAAUUACUACUAUGAGAGCUGCCCGAAUGCCGAAGAGAUCAUCAAACAAGAAGUCCAGAAGCUGUACGACAAGCACGGCAACACAGCUGUUUCCUGGAUCAGAAAUCUCUUUCACGACUGCAUGGUUAAUCCGUGCGAUGCAUCAAUCCUACUGGUAAACGCCAUUGGAAUUGAGUCGGAGCAGAAGUCACGGAGGAGCUUCGGGAUGAGAAACUUCAAGUACAUCGGCACGAUCAAGAAGGCCCUUGAGAAGGAGUGCCCUUCCACGGUCUCCUGCGCUGAUAUCAUCGCUCUUUCUGCCAGGGACGGCAUUGUUUUGUUAGGAGGACCUCGCAUCGAGAUGAAGACAGGAAGGAGGGAUGCGAGGGCGAGUUACGCGGGAGUAGUGGACGACUUCAUUCCCGACCGCAACGAUUCCAUGUCUUUGGUGCUUGCUCGCUUCCAGUCCAUCGGUAUCGAUGUCGAAGGCACUGUCGGUCUCCUAGGAGCUCACUCGGUAGGGCGAGUGCACUGCAUCAACCUGGUGGACAGGCUAUACCCAACCGUCGACCCGACCUUGGACCCCGACUAUGCAGAGUACCUGAAGCGCCGAUGUCCAGAACCUGAGCCCGACCUGAAUGCUGUGGAGUACGCGAGGUUCGACCAGGAGACCCCGAUGGCCUUGGACAACAUGUACUACAAGAACCUGCUGGCUCACAAGGGGCUACUCCAAGUGGACCAAGAAUUGGCGUCAGACCCGACCACCUACCCGUUUGUCGAGAAGAUGGCGUCCGACAACGGCUACUUCCAGGAGCAGUUUGCCCGGGCGCUGCUCCUGCUGUCGGAGAACAAUCCGCUCACCGGAGCCGAUAGUGAGAUCAGGAAGGAUUGUCGUUAUGUUAAUGCUGACUGAACCACAUCAUUACUUAGCUGGAAAAAUUGCCACGUAGAGACCUUGAAAGUCAAAUCUCCACUACAUGCAAAUGCUUGCAGCGUAAUUUACCCGCUUAAUCAUGUUAUGCUUAAUUUGGCAAAAAGACCAUGUCAUGCUUAAUACGAGACAAGAUCAGUGUUAAUCCUACUAAUACCAUAAUUAUAAUGAAUUAACUUCUCCUCGAUAA